AUGCUCUCUCUCUCGUUUACAGAUAAAUCGCUUUCGUCAACUAUUACCAACCGCCAAUCAGUACCAGAAAAACGUUCCUUCAAUGAAAGACUUAACCUUUCCGUCGAUCGAAUCGAUAGUAUUGUAACUGCUUUAUUUAAUAAUACUAUUUCGUCAACUUCGAAAACAUCAUAUUCUUCUGGUUAUCAACUUUUUAUUCGUUUUGCAGUUAUGUGCGGUUUUAACAUGCAUUCUUAUCAUUUACCUUCUCUUGUUAUUUUGCGUUUCAUAGCAUUUUGUCAUGGUAUUCGCGGUGAAUUAUUUCCUGAUAAAUUUUCUCCAUGCUUACAUGUUACGAAAGCUGAUGUUCAAUAUGAUAUCAACUAUAUUAUUAUUCAUUUAAAAUCAUCAAAAACUGAUAUAGAUCGGAAAGGCGUGAAUAUUCGUUUGUUUAAAAACGGAUCUAUUAAUUGUGCAGUUCAUGCUUUAAAUUGUUUUACUCUUCUUCGCAACAUCAAUAAUCAUGAUUCUCCUUUCUUUCUUUUACCCAACGGUCAAGCAUUUACUCGUCGUACUUUUAUUUUCAAUUUAAGACAUUUAUUGCUUCUAUUAGGUUAUGAAGCUUCUGCUUAUAGUGGACAUAGUCUGCGGGUAGGAGCAGCUACAUCUGCAGCGGCGGCUGGUGUUCCUGAUCAUUUAAUACAAACCCUAGAUCGUUGGAAUUCUUUGUCUUAUUUACGUUACAUCCGUGUUAAUGAUACUGUUAUUCUGGCAGCUCAUCAUAAAAUAUUGCAGUUUUCUUCUUAG